AUGAUGCUGGUCAUCAGGGUCAGCAGCGCACUUGUGGCUCACGAGACAGCGUUUUACUCGGAAUCUAUGGAGAAGGAUUUCAGGAUACGCUGGCCCACUUUUGAGGACAGCGGGGGAAUUUUUACCUACCCUCACCACCUCCGGCGGGCGCCCUCAGAAGUCCGAGACCCAGGGUCUCGGCUUGAUGACAGUUUGGAGGGUUAUGAGGGGGAGAACUGUGAGAUGGACAUUGAUGAGUGUGCUGAGCAGCCAUGUGAAAACGACGGCGAGUGUUUCCAGCGUUCCGACACAUCCCACUGGGAGAUGGAUUGGGAGUUCAGGUUCGCAGACGCUGCCGGAUACCUGUGCCAAUGUCAAUCCGGCUUCGCAGGAGAGAACUGUUCCGUGAACAUUGAUGAGUGUGAGUCUGAACCCUGCCAGAAUAGAGGCUCUUGUGAGGAUCAGGUGAAUGGCUACACCUGUUUAUGUCCGGAAGGAUUUAUGGGGGAAAUUUGCGAAAUCAACAUUGAUGAGUGCGAGAGCCAGCCGUGUCUGAGCGGUGCAUGGUGCGAGGACGGCGUAGCCAGCUACACCUGCCACUGUCCUGAGGCUGAGCCUGACAAGCUGCCCUGGGGUGGCCACCACUGCGACAUCCAGCUCCUGGGCUGCGUGGAUCAAGAAUGCCAGAAUGGCGCCACCUGCCACCCGUGGCUGGAAGAGGAAGAGCAUGGCCACACCUGCCUCUGCCCCCACGGCUUCUACGGCGAGCUCUGCUCCACCCCCACCACCUUCUCAUUCUCCAGUCCGGGCUUCGUACUUAUCAUGGUCACCCUGGAAGUGGAAGAGAGGAGGAGACGGAGGCAUGCCGAGCACCACCACCAUGGGAAGGGAGUCCGGCUACGCUUUCGCACCACCUUGCCCGACAUGGUGCUCUUCUACCGUGGUGAUGCCGACAGCCACCUCCUGCUGGAGAUUGUGGGUGGAGGUCUUCGCGCCAAGGCCUUCUCGGAGGACGCUGAGCUGGAGGUUGCAUUCUCUGGGCUGGUCAGCGACGGAGACUGGCACGACGCUGACGUGUACGUGAACGAAGAGGAAGGGCUGGUUUUUAACCUGAAAGGUCCAGGAUGCGACAGUGAAGGGUGCACGGUGAAGGAUGGUGGUCCCAACGGGCCACACUUCGUUCCCUCUGAGGCGUUCGGUCACGUCUACGUGGGCGGUGCCCCCGGAGAGUUGCUGGAGCACACGAAGAGUGGCCACGGGUUUGUGGGGUGUGUGGAGGACUUGAUGAUCGACUUCAAGGACAUCCUGCCCCAGAACCUUCCAGAGGAGCAGGCCAAUGAGAUGGAGCUAGGCUGUAGCAAGACAGAGUGGUGCGAACCUGACCCCUGCUCCGGUCAAGGCCACUGUGUGGACCUGUGGAUCAGCCACCGCUGCGACUGCUACCGGCCCUACCACGGUCACAGCUGCUCCGAUGAGUUCCCCUCCUGGACAUACAGCCAUGAGGAAACUGUGAGCUACAGUGCCUAUGACAUUGGCACUGAUCACGGCGCCAACUUCAGCGUCUCCUUCUUCCUGCGGUCUCUGAAGCCCGAUGGCCUGCUCUUCCAGCUGAGGCGACCCGGAGAGGACGGAGAAGAGGGCAAGGCCUACUUUAAUGUUUUCCUGGGCAUGGGGAGAGUCCUGGUCAGCUCCGUCCCCGAAAGCCACCCACUGACGGCACCCAUCGUCGUGACCACCGGCAAGAAGCAACUUCUACACGUCGAGGUCCAGUAUGGACGGGUGUUCUUCCAGCACGCCGGCCUGCGCUACGGAAUAGGUGAGGUUCCCGAGGUGGAGGUGCACAGUGGGGACCUGGCCUACGUAGGGGGUCUCCCCAGGGAGGGUGAAAACUCUGAGGCCUGGGGGGGACACUUCAAGGGCUGCCUGCAGGACCUGCGUCUGGACGGAGCACAUCUGGACGUGGACGCAUGGAACAGCACGCUAAAUAACUCAGAGGGAGAGGUCUACUUCCCCUCCGAUGCUGAGAAUGUAGAGCCGGGCUGUAUUAGCGACAACACCUGCCAGCCGGAGCCAUGCCAGAACGGAGGAGACUGCACCAUCACCUGGAACGGCUUUGCAUGUUCUUGUCCUGUGGCUUUCACUGGGAAGACCUGCGAGACGCGUGUGUGGUGUGUCAGUGACCCGUGUGUCAAUGGUGGACAUUGUGUGGACCUGACUGAUGGAUAUGAGUGUGUGACCAACGCUACCUUCGAGAACAACCCGGUGCAGUACAGUGCAGAGGGUUCCUUGGGCUCGUCUCUGACCCACGUGUACCUGGAGCUCCGUACCCGCUCAGAGAACGCCGUGCUGCUCCGUGCCUCCCACGGGGCCGAGCUCCUACUGGUGGGACUGCUGGACUCCUCUAUCCGUGUCGAGAUCCACGGUGGCAACAGUGUGGAGGUGCUGACCUUCUCCGGCGUGCGACACGUGGCCGACGGCGGUUGGCACCGGGUGAGCAUUUCCAUGGCUGACCCGGAUAGCGAGGCGUCACACUGGGUCAUCACCGUGGAUGGCAUCACCGACGCCAGCAGCACCCCAGAGGAGGCAGGUGCCCUGCACUUCCUCAACGAGGAAGGGGCGGAGGUUGCUAUCGCCGAGAGCUUCACAGGCUGCCUGGGCGCCGUAAGGGUCAGCGGGGUCUAUCUACCAUUUGUGGAUGACCUACACCCGCCACAGCCUGCCCACUUCCACAGAACGAGCGACGAGGAGAUUCAUAUGGGCUGUACGAGUGCGGACGUAUGCCAUUCGGACCCCUGUCAGAACGGCGCCAUGUGCAAGGAUCUCUUUAACAAGUUUGACUGUGUUUGCAAGCCAGGUUGGGAGGGAGAAAAUUGCGAGGUGGACACGGACGAGUGCACAUCUGGGCCCUGCGUCCACGGCACCUGCAUGGAUGAGUUGGCAGGUUUCGAGUGCGUGUGCAACCCGGGGUAUGGGGGCGUUUCUUGCGAAGAGGACCUGAAUGAGUGUGAGGAACAUGGCUGUGAGAACGGGGGCUCCUGCAUGGACCGGGUGAACAGCUACACCUGCGAGUGCACAGACGACUUCACCGGCCCACUCUGCCAGUGGACUUAUCCUCCACUGACAUGCGAAGAGGAUGUUCAGUGUGAAAACGGGAUCUGCCAUGACGGACUGUGGGGGGCCAACUGUACCUGUGUGCCCGGUUUUGCAGGGGAGAGGUGUGAAACGGAGAUAGAUGAGUGUGAGUCGAACCCCUGUCAGAAUGGUGGCUCGUGUAUCGAUCGAGUCAACAGGUUCUGGUGUGUUUGCCUGCCUGGCUACAGCGGUCUGUUCUGCGAUACAAGCAAACAGCCCCAGAAAGAGAGGGUGCCGUGGCUGGUGAUAGCCAUCCCCCUGGUGUGCCUCUGUGUCCUGCUGGCUGUCAUCGGCAUCACCUUCAUGGUGCUCACUGCCCGCAAGAAACGCCAGUCAGAGGGCGCCUACAGCCCCAGCACUCAGGAGGUGGCCGGGGCGCGUCUGGAGAUGGACAGCAUGCUCAAGGUUCCCCCAGAGGAGCGGCUCAUCUGAUCGGGUCAUAAAAGCUGAUCCGAGAACUGUGCUCGGAACAUGUUGCUAUGCAGCGUAACACAAAAAGCUGCAAAAGCAGAUCUGAGAGCACCGCACUGCUGGCAGGUGCGCGAGACUCACUUGAGACAAUAGACUCUGUAUAGUCAGUCUAGCUGGCUGGAAGGAGAUACAGGAGGAGAAGAGAUGAUCUGCUUCCCCCUGCUGGACGGAUGGACAUGUUACUGACCCAGUGGUGCCGUGUAAUUGUGGUUUGAUGGACUGAUCUAAUGUGUGAGUGGUUUUGAGGAUCUUGGGGAGGGAGUGGAGGUUAAAGGAGUGAGGGUUGGAGGAGUGAGGGUGGGCAGUGGGGGUUGGUUGGUAGAGAACUGACAGUUGGAGGAGUGAGGGUGGGCAGUGGGGGUUGGUUGUUAGAGAACUGACAGUUGGAG